GAGCAUAACUGAUAGGUCAGUGAUAAGAGAACGCGUGCGUUUUGUUUUAAUAAUAAUAUUCUACAUUUAUAAGCGUUCCCGAAUGCUGUUUUACGAUCUCACAUUUGGAAUUUGGACAGAGAUUUGUUCGUCUUAUAAAGAAAGAAGAGUUAUUUCAAAGCGUAUUUAAUGUCGUGACGCUGUUAUCGAACGAUUUCGGAGUGCACAUGUAUCAUGGAUGUCAAGAAGUAGGCGUCGUCUAUGUUAAAUGCCAAAAUCAAAUAUAACAUGACAUCCCGCGAAACGGAAUGUAACAUCAUAGUGUAUAAGUUAGCGAAAAAACGUGUUGCAGAAAAAGGAAAGAAUCAAUGUUAUAUACGCUAUUCAGGGUGCGCUGAAUAAUUGAUUUCCUGAAGCAAAGUACAAAUAUUUUAUAGACGCUAUCUGAAGCCGUCGCUAAAUGAAUCUAAAGUUAGAAAUGUUACCUUCGAACACGCUCGAGAUAGAAGUCGGGAGUUCAUCAUCUCCAAGAGGAUAUGAUACGACAAGUAAAAGUUUCCUCCUGGAGACGAUGCCCGGUGACUUGCAUACCGAAACAGCAGCUUGCCGUUUCUUAGAGGGAGAGGUCGUUGCUCGAUGUCAAGAAGAAAGCAAUGAGACGACUAAAACUAUACCAGAAUCAGAAUAUUCGAAAAAGAAGAUUGAAUCAGCUAAUAGUAGCAGAUCCAUCAAUAAUCACCCGUAUCAAAGUUUUUCGAAGGUUUCCACAUCUUUGCAAAGCCUCGUACGUCGAAAAAGUCAAAAAAACGGCGCAUCCUCGUUACCUUUAGACGUAGAACUCUCGACGUAUUCUUUGCAUCCUAGUUGUCUUAUUGAACCACCGAAAGAAAACAAUGUCAAUGGUUAUAGAAACGACGAAGAAGCCGUUUGUACAACCACGCGUACAUCCACGCUUAUUUAUGCUUCUUCCAUGCAACUAUCAUCUAGAGGUGACAACAAUAUGCAGGAUACUACUUCGCUGACGAACAACGUCGCGACUGUCACUACAACCGUUGGCACUAAUAAUCUUACUUCUUCGGUCAGUGGCAGUCGUCUUAGUAAUACCGCUACGUCUUUGAUAAGGACUACCAGCGUGAUUACGGCAGGACCGUCCACGUCUUCCUGGAACAAUUCCGCGGAGGAGUUGGAUUACGUUGUUGAUCCGAUUCAAGGAAACGCUUAUUACAAAGGACAACUUCUUGGGAAGGGUGGAUUCGCGAAAGUUUUUCUGAUGACUGAUGUCAAUAAUGGAAAUGAAUAUGCUUGCAAGAUCAUCAGGAAAAACCGAAUGCAAAAAAUCCAUAUGCAAAAGAUCGCACGUGAGAUUAUGAUUCACAAAGAACUGAAUCACGUGAAUGUUGUCCAGCUGCAUCACUACUUCGAGGAUAAUCUUAAUGUGUACAUGCUUCUGGAAGCCUGUCCUCGAAAGAGUUUGAUGCACGUGCUGAAGUACCGUGGCAAAGUCACGGAGCCGGAAGCACGAUAUUACAUGAAACAAAUGGUAACUGGUGUUGCAUAUAUUCACUCUCAGAAAGUUGUCCAUCGGGAUUUGAAGCCAGGUAACAUGUUCCUAUCGGACCGUAUGAUCGUCAAGAUCGGAGACUUUGGACUGGCGACAAGGCUUGACGGACAGUGCAGACGAGUGACGAUAUGCGGAACACCGAAUUACAUCGCGCCGGAAGUGUUGUAUAAGCAAGCAUACAGUUACGAGGCGGAUGUUUGGGCGCUCGGGUGCAUACUGUACGCCCUGCUGGUAGGGCAACCACCUUUCGACACAGCAUCGCUAAAAGAAACAUACGCGAGGAUAUGUAACAAUCAUUAUCGGGAGGUUGACGAUUCGAUAGCGAGCCGAAACGGGCAAGAUCUUAUCAAAUGGCUCCUCCAACCGAAUCCUGAGCUCAGACCUUCUUUGGAGAGAGUAAAGGAACACGCUUAUCUUACCAAGGAAUACGUACCAGCUUCGUUGCCUCGUAUUUCUUGCUUCCAAAUGCCACGUCCCUCUAUAAUCGAUCCGAUGUCGUCGCCUUCGUCGAAUUCUAUUGCAUCUAGAAAUCAAAAACUUAAUAAUACUCAGGUUCAUACUAUCCAACAAUCUCAACAACAGCAGGAGCAGCAACAACAAUAUCAUCAAACAAAUCUUUCUCAGAAAAGUUUACGAAAGGGGUCGAAAGUGAUCAGUUGGUUAGCUCGAAAGCUUCGGAAAGUUCCGAAAUUCAGACAAAGAUUAAGCAGCGUUCUUUAUCCAGAUCAGAAAAAAAUUAUUGGAUCCACAGCUCAGAGUAUACAAAUACAUCAAGCGCUAGAAAAUUGCAUCAAAGAAAUAAAGUGUAAAAAUAAGAUACGUAAUCAUCCACCUGUAAGGGAUAUCGUACCUCUGUUUAUUACUAAAUGGAUUGAUUAUUCGAAUAAAUACGGCCUAGGUUUUCAACUAUCUGACAAAUCUGUAGGCAUCCUCUUCAAUGAUCAUACGAAAAUCAGUUACACACAUGACAGAAGAAGAGUGGAGUACGUGACAACCGAUGAUGAAGUAACAAGAUAUCAAAAAGAAGAAGAUAUUCCAGCUGCUCUGCAGAAAAAACUUGUAUUAUUGCAACGAUUCACACAGUAUAUGGAUAAAUUUAUGACUGAAGGUGGUGAAAUUAAGAAAUACCGAGUUACACAAAAGCAGUCGAAGAAUAUUUGUGUGCCACGAAUGAGAAGAUGGUUAAGAACUGAUAAAACUAUUAUGAUGGAAUUAUCAGUACCACUUUUACAAGUGAAUUUCUUCGAGGAUCAUACGAAAUUGGUAGUCUCACAAGAAUCUCCUAACAAGGGAUAUCUAAUUACAUAUAUAGAUACUAGUAGACGUACAUCUUCGUAUUGGUUAAAUGAUAUACGAGAUUUUGGUUGUACAUCAGAUCUCUACGAACGUUUAUAUUAUGUUUACAAAGUAUCCAGAGAAUUUGCAGAAAUGCAUAAUAACACAAUCGCUUGACCAGCAAAGAUAAAAUGUAAGAUGCAUUAUUCGUUGAACGAUUGAAAUUUAUUUUAUAGAAUCUAUGUCUGUUCAGUUAGCUGCACUCGUUUUAUUUGCAAUUCGUUUUUUUUUGUCUUUUAAAAAUUAUUUAAAAUAAAUCAUUACAUACAUUUU